AUGUCAGAAACUAUUGAAGCAGCUCAUUUGCCCAGAUUUCAGUUCCCCCCAGAUGGAAAAAAGGCAAAGAUAUUGGAAAUCAUUGAAAAAAUCCGUCACUGCGAUCUUGAACAAGAUAUUGAUGUCCCAGAGCUGGUUUUAUGCGGCCAGCAGUCCUCUGGCAAAUCAUCCGUUUUGGAGGCUCUAACGGGACUCGAAUUUCCGAAGGGAGAUGGCGGCGCAUGCACUAGAUUUCCGAUCGAGAUACGCCUCUUUUCUGGAGCGGAAACCUCUUAUAUAAAGAGCAAAGUCCGAUUCUGUCCACGGCCAAGUGAUGAUUCGUCUGCAAUAAACGACUUUCAAGAUCACGAAGAUCCUGUGGAAAUAUCAUCGCACUGUCCUGGAGACUUAAUAAAUCGUGCAAAGGAGAUUAUGGGAAUAUCGGACGUGAGAAGGUUUUCCCAUAACGUGCUGAGUAUUGAGUAUCACUUUCCAGACCCAGCAUCGCCGACGCAUGCACCACGGUUGACCCUUAUUGACCUUCCAGGCAUUGUGGCAGUUGGAGAUCAAGAGCUUGUGGAGCGGUAUACGAAAAAAUACAUCCAAAGAACAACGUCGCUUGUACUUGCCGUUUUGAAUGGAGCCGAGGAUCUAGAAAACUUGAGGAUUUUAAAAAUGGUCAAUGACUCUGCCUGCACUAACAGGACAUUUGGGAUUAUAACCAAGCCAGACAUGACACAUCCGGGAUCUGGAUUAGAAGCUGGAUGGGUGAAACAAGUUCUGAAACCCGACCGCGAGCAAUUUGGUCUAGGUAGCCAUGUUGUAUACAACCGCAGCCCUACACAGACGCAAGAUGAGACUAGAUUUCCGCCGAACCUCAAUAAUGACCGGUACAAAGAGAAGAUACCGAACGGAUGGCACGAAGUGUAUAAAAUGGAGUCAUCUGAUCGAUGGGGCAUUCAGAACCUCAGAAACAGACUGGUUGCAUUGCUGUCAGACAGGGCAAGCGAGCAAGUCUUACCAAUCUACCGCGGUCAGAUGAGAAAAAGUCUCGAAAACGCUAUCUACGAUCUACGCAAGUUGGCCAAUCAAGCUUCUACUGGGAGCUACCAGGAGCAAGUUUCAUCAGCCAUACACAAGGAUGGGCCUUUCUUUGUCAUUUCUAAAGAAAGCUGUCGCUGGCUUCGGUCCAAGAUCGAUAAGAAGAGCAAGGAAUUCUACGAAGCAAUGAAGACAAGAGGCCAUAACUCUAACAAGCUAGAGGAGCGAAAAGAAGCAGCUUUAGCGACGUUGAAAUUACUUGACUACGAUCGAGGGGACGCCCCCAUGAGUCUUCAUCCAGACAUGUGGAUGGUGGCCAAGUCCAACGCCAUAAGGCUCUCCGACAAUCUCAAAACAAUUAAGCCAGCGAAGCCUGAACCGGUGCAACUUGAAUCGAAAAAGCCAGGAGAUAAAGAGACAGACAUUUUACUACAACGCGCCGAGCUCGCCGUUGUGAAUCGAAUGACGGCUCUUAAACAGCUAGAGAACCUCAUGUUGGUGUAUAAGAAAUGCAGGGAUACAUAUAUCGAUAAUGUCGUCGUCCAAGUUGUACAGAGAUGUCUUCUGCGUGGAUUUGACGACUUAUUUAGGCACGACUGGAUGUACAACAAUGCAUUAUUCGACAAGAUCACCAAAGAUCCCAAUAAGGAUGCUAAUGCGGAAAAGGAAAGGACUCUGAGGGAGCACAUCAGUAUCUUAACGUCAGCCGAAGCCGAUCUAGAGAAAUUGCUGGGAAACUAUAAUAGAGACUGA